AAUCUAGAAUUUGUUCCGAGAUUCAUGAUAUGAGGCCUCCCUUGUUGAUCAGUCCGACCGGACGUAUAUAUUCCACCCAAUUAAGGAAACAUUAAACAAAAAAAUACGGCAAAUAUAAAUUUGGAAGGCGCUUGUUAGCAAGUUAGAACCGAGUUGGCAAGACAGAUAGAAAGAUGGGAGUGACAAAGGAACAAGUUGAAUCCACUCUGAAAACUAAGUUAAAUCCUUCUCAUCUUGAAGUAACUGAUACCUCUGGAGGGUGUGGCGCAAGUUUUGCAAUUGAGAUUGUUUCCGAACAAUUUGAAGGGAAGAGGUUGCUGGAGAGGCAUCGAUUGGUGAAUGCUGCUUUGGAAGAGGAGAUGAAACAGAUUCACGCUCUCUCAAUAAAGAAAGCUGUGACCCCUGAACAGUGGAAACAACAGCAGGAGUCUGAAAAAUCUACAUCUGCUGCAUAAAUUACUUUUUUUCAACAGUCCAUUCAAACUCGCAUAUAUCUGGGAGUUGAUAACUAUGAAUGGGAAAAACAUACUGGAAAUACCAGAACUGAAAUAAUACCUCGUUUUCUUGUUUAUAUACAAAAUUACUGAUCUUUGCUUAAAUUCUUAUUUUAAUCUGAAUGGAAUUCAUACGGGUCUGGAGUUGCUAUUUGAUGAUC